GAAAGCUAAAAGCGAAAACAACCCGUUGCUUGGCUUCGCAAAUCCUUUGCAUUCUAUUCCUAUAUUAUUCCCCCUUUCUCUUUCCCUUUUCCCCCGUUCGUUCCGCGUUGCUAGGGCUUCCAAAUCGCAAUGCCGUUGCUCAAUUGAUUCAAUCUGGAUUCCUAGGGUUUGUAAUUCAGAGGUUGUAGUGCAGGGUUUCGAUGAGAUUGGGGUUCUGAGAUCAAAGAUUGGAAUGGGGGAGGGAACUGGGGAUUAUGUGAGAUUGGGAGGAUGCGCCCCGGAUCCUGAGUCUGUGGAUAUGGGGUCGCCGGAGAAGCGAUGUCCUUUGAGGAUGUGCUCGUUGUGGUGUUGGUUGAAGGUGGUGAUCUUGGCCAUUGUGGUGUUGGGUGUUGUUGCGGCCUUCGUUAUCUGGGGUGGCCCGCUCCUCUUGAAAAAGGUGGUUACUCCAAUUUUGGACUGGGAAAUGGCAGCUUUUAGCAGACCAGUCCUUGGGUUGAUACUUUUUACUUCUAUUGCAUUAUUCCCUGCUCUAUUGUUACCUUCUUCACCUUGCAUGUGGAUAGCUGGCAUAACAUUUGGCUAUGGCUAUGGUUUUCUGCUUAUAAUGGCAGGAACAAGUGUUGGCAUGUCACUGCCAUAUUUCAUUGGUUCUUUAUUUCGGUACAGAAUUCAUAGAUGGCUGGAGAAAUGGCCAAAGAAAGCAGCUAUCAUACGGUUAGCUGGUGAAGGAAAUUGGUUUCAUCAAUUUCGAGCUGUAGCACUCAUCAGAAUUUCUCCUUUUCCAUAUAUUAUUUUCAACUAUGCCGCUGUUGCUACAAAUGUCAAGUACAGUCCUUAUAUAGCUGGAUCAAUUGUGGGGACAAUUCCUGAGACUUUCCUGACUAUUUACAGUGGGAUCCUUAUCCGAAGCCUUGCAGAUGCUACAAACCAAGGUGGUUUCUUGUCAAUGCAGCAGGUUAUUUAUGAUGCAAUUGGCUUUUGUGUUGCUGUUGUUGCCACAAUAGCCAUCACCAUCUAUGCAAAGAAAGCUCUUCGAAAGCUCCAAGCCGAGGAAGAGCUCAGUUAGCUUACAAAAUAGGGAUAUUUCUCAAGGACCAAUCUGUGGAUUCCUUAUAUUCAUGUUCAGGAUCCAGAAUGGUUUAUCCUCUCUCACGGUUUGCCUUCCGCUGCUGUGCUUAUGCAAUUGGAUACUUGUAUAGAUCUUUGCCGAUCUUAUGGCCUAGAUGAUGGCGAUGAUCUUCUGUAAAUAACAAGGUAAGUAGCAUUGAACACUCUUUAGGGCCAGCGUCGUUACAGAUAACACACUUGACUGAAAACAAAUACACAAUUCAUAGAACUUAAAUGAACCCUAAAUCAGUUGCUGAAAUUUGUUAUCUGUGGCUUUCUUAACAGUAUGUCAGAUCUCUUAUUGAUUGAACUUUGCCUUGUAUUGUUUAAUUACUGAUUUGUUUAGAAUC